CCGCCAUGAACCGGGGCAGCCCCGCCGCGUCCUGCCCUCCGUCGCUCCCCGCCGACGGCCACGACAGCCACGGUCACAACGAGUGCCGCCGGGUGUGCAGUAACUGUCGGAAAGUCCUGAGGCAGGAAAAGAAAAUCAGAGUCUCUCUGCCUUUAACAAGAGGACCAAGUGCCUUUAUACCAGAGAAAGAAGUUAUGCAAGCAAACAGUUUGAAUGAACGAAUGCACCUGCUUGUGGAAGAAUAUUCUAUAUCUGGUCGCCUUGACAACAUCACACAGGUCAUGAGUUUACACACCCAGUACCUGGAGUCAUUUCUCCGCAGUCAGUUUUACAUGUUGCGUAUGGAUGGGCCUCUUCCUUUGCCCUACCGACACUACAUUGCAAUUAUGGCCGCUGCCCGGCACCAGUGUUUCUACCUAAUAAACAUGCAUGUGGAUGAGUUUUUGAAGACCGGAGGGAUACCCGAAUGGCUGAAUGGUUUGGAGUACGUUCCACAAAGACUGAAGAAUCUGAAUGAAAUCAAUAAGCUUCUUGCACACCGACCCUGGCUAGUUACAAAAGAGCACAUUCAGAAACUUGUCAAGACGGGGGAAAAUAAUUGGUCUCUUCCUGAACUGGUGCAUGCCGUGGUCCUGUUGGCACACUAUCACGCCUUGGCAAGUUUUGUCUUUGGUAGUGGCAUCAAUCCAGAGAGGGAUCUCAAUACUUCGAACGGGUACAGGCUCAUAUCGGUUAACAGCUUCUGCGUCUGCGAUCUUGCCAACGACAACAACAUCGAAAACGCAUCCCUCACCAGCAACAACUUUGGGAUCUCGGAUUCCUUAAGUGAACUGGAGGCUCUGAUGAACAGGUUGAGGCGGCUGCAGGAGGAGAAGGAGGACGAGGAGGCCUCCCAGGAGGAAAUGGACACUCGCUUCGAGAAGGAGAAGACGGAGAGCCUCCUAGUGGUCACCGAAGCAUUUGAUGAUGAAAUACUUUCCAUAGCCGACGUUUCCCGCUACAUUGAAGAUCCUGGUUUUGGGUACAAAGACUUUGCCAGGCGGGGAGAAGAGCAUCUACCAACAUUCCGGGCCCAGGACUAUACCUGGGAAAACCAUGGAUUCUCCCUUGUGAACAGGCUUUAUUCUGACAUUGGGCAUCUCUUGGAUGAGAAGUUCCGCAUGGUCUACAACCUCACAUACAACACUAUGGCUACGCAUGAAGAUGUCGACACAACCAUGCUGAGAAGAGCUUUAUUUAAUUAUGUUCACUGUAUGUUUGGAAUCAGGUAUGAUGACUAUGAUUACGGCGAAGUUAAUCAGUUACUGGAACGGAGCUUGAAGGUUUACAUUAAGACAGUGACCUGCUACCCAGAGAGAACUACCAAGCGCAUGUAUGACAGUUACUGGCGCCAGUUCAAGCACUCGGAGAAGGUCCACGUCAACCUGCUUCUUAUGGAGGCCCGCAUGCAAGCCGAGCUCCUCUACGCUCUCCGUGCCAUAACGCGUCACUUGACCUGAGGCAUCACUGCAAGCGCGUGAAUAAAAGCUUCCAGACAGAUGCGUAACGAAAGCCGCUUGUGGUGUAGCAUCGGGUUAUUUGAUUCUCUAGUGUCAAAGCUGAAGCCGCGUUUCUGGCGGCUGUUAACGUGCAAUGAUAUCCUAUAUCUUUCCUUUUUCCCCCUCCCCUUGAUGCUUAACAUUACUAAUGGUAGCAAAAAUAAUACUGAGGAACACCACUUCUUAACGUUGUUUCCAGCUGGAGUAUUGCU